ACUCGUGCAGUCGAAUGAAAUCAGCGGCAAACAAAACGGGCAAAGCAGAACGCUCCCCGAUAUUGCGAUUCAUUUGCAGUGCAAACUCCGAAAAUGGCUGAUCGUCCGUGUGCUGGAAACAUUCUCCGUAUCGCCGGUGCGGUAAUCCUCCCGAAUCUGGGUGGGAUCUACAAUGGGCGGCUGACCAGGAAGCACCUGGAGAGCUGGUACUCCAAGCUCAAGUUCCCCUCCUUCAAGCCGCCCAAUGCUGUGUUUGCUCCGAUGUGGAUCUCCCUGUACGCGGGAAUGGGCUAUGGAUCCUAUCUGGUUUGGCGCGACGGCGGAGGAUUCUCGGGGGAGGCGGCCAGGCUGCCCCUCAUCGCCUACGGAACCCAAUUGGCCCUCAAUUGGGCCUGGACGCCCAUCUUCUUCGGGCAGCACAAUAUCAAGGGCGGGCUUAUUGACAUAGUCGCACUCACUGGCGCCGCUGGAAUUUGUGGGGUUCUGUUCUACAAGGUUAACAAGACCGCCGGAUUGCUCUUUGUACCCUACCUCGCCUGGCUGGGAUUCGCCACCGCCCUCAACUACUCCAUUUGGAAGCUGAAUCCCGAGGAGAAGAAGCCCCUGGAGGAGGAGAAGCCCUCGGGCAGUGGUCAUGCCAAGGCCAAUUAGGCCGGAAGGCCGAAAUCCCAUAGUUUUAAGUUUGUUUCGCACAAUAUGUCAUGGGCUUUAGAACUUAUCGAACCAGGGCUACGAAGUUGGAUAAGAUAUCGUUAUAAAGUGCCUGAAAAUGAGCGGUAAAUUCAAAGAA